UUGUCACAUCCGGCUUGCGCUGGCCGUCGCAAGGCCGCCGCAUACUCUUCUCCCCUCUUUGACUCGUUUUGCGCCCAAGUCGAUCCCCAACGUCUCCUCCUCGCUGGUUCGCCCGCCGCGCCGCGCCGAUCUCCAUCCGUUCCACGAGCAGCGGUGACCGGGUGCUGUCGUCCUGCUCCCCGCUUCCCUUCCGGCUCCGAUUUGAGGCGCUAAAGUUUCCAUUCCGUGUUACGAAAAGCUGCAUUAGGACAUGGACAUGGCAUUGCCAAUAGUGAAUGCCACCGCAGCGGUGCUUGCUCGUGUCUCAGCUGCAUUCAAUGCCCCUUUUGCCCGCGCAGUUGUCUUUGGGGUUCAUAUCGAUGGGCACCUGGUUGUUGAAGGGCUCCUUAUAGCGGUCAUAGUGUUUCAGCUUUCUAGGAAGAGCUACAAACCGCCCAAGAAGCCACUCAGUGAAAAGGAGAUUGACGAGCUAUGUGAUGAAUGGGAGCCAGAACCUCUGUGUCCUCCGAUCAAGGAUGGGGCCCGAAUUGACACACCAAUGUUGGAAAGUGCUGCUGCUCCACAUACAACCAUUGAUGGGAAAGAAGUUAUAAACUUUGCAUCAGCAAAUUAUCUUGGUUUGAUUGGCAAUGAGAAGAUUAUUGAUUCUUGUGUUGGUUCACUGGAGAAAUAUGGUGUUGGUUCUUGUGGUCCACGUGGCUUUUAUGGAACAAUUGAUGUCCACCUUGACUGUGAGGCAAAAAUAGCGAAGUUUCUUGGAACUCCAGACUCAAUUCUGUAUUCAUAUGGGAUUUCUACAAUAUUUAGUGUGAUACCUGCCUUUUGUAAGAAAGGAGACAUCAUAGUUGCUGAUGAAGGUGUGCACUGGGCAGUGCAAAAUGGUCUUCAUCUGUCAAGAAGCACUGUUGUUUAUUUUAAACACAAUGAUAUGGCUUCACUUGCAAACACUUUGGAAAAACUUACACGUGGAAAUAAACGAGCAGAAAAGAUCAGACGAUACAUUGUUGUAGAAUCUAUCUACCAGAAUUCUGGUCAAAUUGCUCCCUUGGAUGAGAUUGUCAGAUUGAAGGAGAAAUAUCGAUUCCGUGUUAUUCUGGAGGAAAGCCAUUCUUUUGGUGUGCUUGGCCAGUCUGGACGAGGCCUUGCUGAACAUUAUGGAGUUCCAAUUGACAAAAUUGAUAUUAUCACUGCUGGAAUGGGGAAUGCAUUAGCUACUGAUGGUGGCUUUUGUACAGGAAGUGUUAGAGUUGUUGAUCAUCAGCGUCUAAGCAGUUCUGGCUAUGUUUUCUCGGCUUCUCUGCCACCUUAUCUUGCCAGCGCUGCGGUUUCUGCUGUCAGCUACCUGGAGGGGAACCCGUCAGUUCUUGCAGACCUGAGGAGCAACAUUUCUUUCCUGCAUAAAGAACUGUCAGGUACUCCAGGACUUGAAAUUUCCAGCCAUGUUCUGUCACCUAUCGUUUUCCUCAAACUGAAGAAAUCGACGGGUUCAUCAAACACCGAUAUAGAUCUUCUUGAAACUAUUGCUGAGAGGGUAUUGAAGGAAGAUUCAGUUUUUAUCGUGGCGUCAAAGCGGUCACCUUUGGAUAGGUGCAAACUUCCCGUCGGAAUACGCCUCUUCAUGUCAGCCGGCCACACCGAUUCAGACAUCUCCAAAGUGUCCUCAUCCUUGAAGCGGGUCUCAGCAUCAGUUCUGUCAGAUUACAUCUGAUCCCCUUUCUCUACGAGCUGUGCACUAAUCUCUGUGUGCAUGUUUGGUUAAUGUACAUAACCUGUACAUUUGUAGGUUCCGAUGAUUCCCGUUGCCGCUCAUACUUGCAAACACUUCGAAAAAUAGACGUAGAACAGUGAAAUUAGGUGUGUUAUGUAUCGUUCGGUCUUCUGGUAGUGGUUUCCCGGUAGAAUUCAUUCUAUAUCUUUAAUUUUGUCCUCUAUUCAUCACUUUUAUCAUUUUGGCUUCAAUUCAUCACUUUCUGGUGGAUUUA